AUGGAGGGCGGCGACGAUCAUGACAGCAACAACAACAACAACAACAUCGGCGGCGGCGUUGAGGACAUGCCGGUGGAGUUCUUCCACGGCGGUGCCGAGGCUGAUGACGACUACAUGGGGGCUGGAGGGUACGAUGACUAUGACUACGACAACAACGACAACAUUGAGGACCCAGUGCAACAGGCGCAGGCGCACAUCCUGUCGAGCUUCGAACGGGCGGAGCUUGCACGGGCGAACAAUCACAAUAAUAAUACUGUAUCGUCAUCGUCGCUGUUGCCGCUGAAUGGCAGCGGCAAGACCGACUUCGACGCGCUGGAGCUUGCGAAGGUGCUGCACGCCCCACAGGCCGCGCUGCCGUCACAAGUAGAUGUUGUGAAGCUACGACAAGUGAUGUGGGCCUCCGUCGGCGACGCAGUGGCCCGCUAUCCCCUCACACAGCAGCAGCAGCAGCACCGACAGGACGAAGAGCAGCGGUCGAGGCGCAAGCGCAAUCGCGCAGAAGCCGAGGGCAACGCGGCGGGGGAGUCGAGCGAAGACCUGCCGCGAUUUAGUGAAGUUGUGCUGCCGAUCCUGCCUCAGGUUGCCAGCAUCUCCGCGACCGGUACGCUCUCGCCGGCGUUCCUGUUCUUCUCCAUCUUGUUCCUCGCCAAUGAGCACGGCGUCAUGCUAGAGAGCGUCCCAGGCCUUGACGACCUCGUCGUUCGGGGCGUGAUACAGCCGGUAGCGGGGUAA